CUCCUGGUCUCCUCCUGAUAAUGGUGGAGGGAGACCUCUCUAUGAGAUAGUCUACACCAUCCACAUACACGGUAUGCUUAAUACAGUGUUUAAACUCGCCGAGUAUCAUUUCACUGCCUUAGAUGGUUCUUCCACUCUGAAAAAAGUGGUAAACAGUACAGAGACCAUUGUGACUGGACUGACUCCUGGUGUCCUCUACACAUUCUCUGUAUCUGCUGAGAAUGAUGUCUCCUCUCAGGACAACAAUAUCAAUGCCAGAACUGUCAAUAUCUCUAUAGCUACAGUACCUUCUAGUGUUAGAGACAUUCAAGAACACUGUACUGUUGUGGUUUGGAAGGAACCGAGCAGAAAACUAAUGGUCCUAUCGAAAGCUACCUUUUGACGUUCAGGAGGGAAGAUCUGUCCACGUCAGUAGCGUCUAGUCCUACAUACCACUAUUACGUUAUUCAACCACGUGAUAUCCCACCUGGAGUUGGACCAGUUACAGUGGAGGUGAGAGCUAGGAACGCAAUAGGACUUGGUCCUUUGUCACAACCACCAGUGACCAUAUACUGCCUAAGUGAGAACCCAUCUCCCGCUCCAAUGCCGACUCCAACCACACCAGAGUGUCCAUCUUGCCCCCCACCUGUCACCUGCUCUCCUGCUGCAACCCCUCUUCCUUGCCCAACCUGUCCCUCUUGCCCUACUCCCACCUGCCCUCUAAUUACGAGUAGCCCCUGUCCUAACGAGUGUUCACUGUGUCCGUCGAUAACUCAAAGUUCACCUGAGCCCUCAUCCCCACUACCACUGCUGUGCCCCACACAAAGCUCCUGCCCUCCAUGUGAAGAGUGUCCCAUGGAAGAGUUUAAUGUGCCAGGGAUAGUAACCAAUAUCCGCCUGUCUUCCUGCAAUGUUUUGCUGUGGGAUACGCCGAGAGAUGGUGGUAAAUGCAUCUCAGAGUACAAGGUUCGGCUGUACAAUGGAAGGACGUAUGGUAGCUCAGACCAGAGGAGCAUUGUGAGUGUCAGAGGAAGGAAUAUGACAAUCAAUUGGAUCCCCUCCACUGGCACUGUCUCUAUCAAUGUAAGAGCUAAGAACGGUGUUGGCUUGGCAAAGGCUUGGAGCUCCACAUUCCAUCUUCUUUCUGAGGCUCUGUCGUGUGACAUUACUGAAGGUCUAGCAGCAAAUAGCACUCUCUAAUGAACUUUAUACCACGUUGGACAGAAUAUUAAUUGACUAGUUGUACUUUUGUGUGACUCUUUCAAAACAAGUGCCAUUAUGUGUCUAAGGAACUUCACAGCAUCUCAGACAUGUGCUAUGUA